GGUGACGCCGCUGCUCUGACAGAGGAGUACCGGCGCCUGGUGGAGGGGCUGCGGGAGGCCAGCACCGCCCGGGAGACCGACCUGUACCUCGCCAACCCCGUGCUGCCAGAUGAGAUCCUGCAGGAGGCAGUUCCCGGCAGCAUCCGGACGGCUGAGCACUUCGUGGGCUUCCUGAAGCGGUUUGUGGCCUACCUGCGGGCACGGGUGCGGGGGCCACGGGUGGUGCAGGAGAGCCCCCCCGCCUUCCUCAAGGACCUCUACGAGAAAGUCUGCAUCGAGCGCAAGCCCCUGCGGUUCUGCGCCGAGCGGCUGCGCUCGCUGCUACGGACGCUGGAGAUUGUGGACAUGGCCGACUUCUCCGCCAUCACCCUCGUCGCCAACUUUGCCACCCUCGUCAGCACCUACUCCAAGGGUUUCACCAUCAUCAUUGAACCCUUCGACAACAGGACCCCCACCAUCUCCAACCCCAUCCUGCACUUCAGCUGUAUGGACGCCUCCAUCGCCAUCAAGCCAGUCUUUGAGCGCUUCCAGUCGGUCAUCAUCACGUCAGGGACUCUCUCCCCGCUGGACAUUUACCCCAAAAUCCUGGAUUUCCGCCCCGUCACCAUGGCGACCUUCACCAUGACGCUGGCCCGGACCUGCCUGUGCCCCAUGAUUGUGGGUCGUGGCAACGACCAGGUGGCCAUCAGCUCCAAGUUUGAGACACGCGAGGACAUCGCCGUCAUCCGCAACUACGGGAACCUGCUGCUGGAGCUGUCGGCCGUGGUCCCCGAUGGCAUCGUCGCCUUCUUCACCAGCUACCAGUACAUGGAGAACAUCGUGGCCUCCUGGUACGAGCAGGGCAUCCUGGAGAACAUCCAGCGGAACAAGCUUAUCUUCAUCGAGACGCAGGACGGGGCCGAGACCAGCAUGGCCCUAGAGAAGUACCAGGAGGCCUGCGAGAACGGCCGGGGUGCCAUCCUUCUCUCCGUGGCGCGUGGCAAAGUGUCGGAAGGCAUCGAUUUCGUGCAUCACUACGGCAGAGCCGUCGUCAUGUUUGGGGUGCCCUACGUCUACACCCAGAGCCGCAUCCUGAAGGCCCGGUUGGAAUACCUCCGGGAUCAGUUCCAGAUCCGGGAGAACGACUUCCUCACCUUUGACGCCAUGCGCCACGCCGCCCAGUGCGUCGGCCGGGCCCUGCGCGGCAAAACCGACUACGGCCUCAUGGUCUUCGCUGACAAGCGCUUCGCCCGGGCAGACAAGCGGGGGAAGUUGCCGCGGUGGAUCCAGGAGCACAUCACCGACGCCAACCUCAACCUGACGGUGGACGAGGCGGUGCAGGUGGCCAAGUUCUUCCUGCGCCAGAUGGCUCAGCCCUUCCAUCAGGUAAAGAAGCCCCCCCCCCCCGAGGCUCCCCCCCGGCACUGGAGGGGCUGGGCAGGGUGGGGGACCCCUGGCUUACCCUCCUCCUGCCCAGCACACCCCUCUCCGCGGCUGCGGGGGCGGCAGGUGCCGGGCCGGGCGCCCACUGGACACCCGACACCGGGGGGGGGGCGGCUCCGGGGGGGGACCGGAGGGUCUCCUCGGCCCCCGGGAGGGCUCCGGCAGGGCCCGGCCCCCGCCCGGUUCGGAGCCCCCCCGGUACCCCCGGAGCCGGGCGGGGCCGGUGGAGGGAUAAAAGCCGGUGCCGGCCCCGCUCCCCGCCGCCUGCUCCGCCGGUACCGGCCCGACCCGACCCUCUCCGCCCGCGCUGCUCAAGGUAACCCCGGCCCCGCCGGCACCCACCAGGAACCCCCCCCCGGGGUCCGACCCAACCGGGAUGGACCCCACCGGGACCGCUCAGAGAGGGACCAGACCUCCCCCCCCCUCGGUGGCACCGGAGCCACACUGGGAUGGGACCCUCCGGUACCACCCGAGCCGGGACUAGCCCCCUGGUGCGACUGCGACCGGGACCGGGACCGGGACCGGGACCCUCCCCUGUCUGGUCCUCGGGUCCCUCCGGACUAUAAAUAG